AUGUCCGCCGAAAACGAAGCCAAAACGACGCUCGAUGACCGUUCUGACACUGUGCCUGCCCAGUGGACGACAACACGGCGAGAGCUUUGGUCUUACUAUUUAUACUAUGUCGGGAACAACGGCCUUUCGGGAUUCAAUUUUGGACCGUCUCAGUUCCAAAAUUUGCUGUUUCUUGCUGGGUAUGAUCCUACUCAGCCAGCAUUCACAGCGCCUUGCGGCGACAACGGCUGCGUUCUCCCUUAUCUAGGUCGCGUCAGGGACAUCAAUUCAAUCGUGUUGAUGACAAAUGGAAUCUCGUUCGCUCUUCAGGCUGUCCUUCUCCUCAUUAUCGGCGCAUGGGCAGACUACGGCACUUCGCGCCCAAACAUCACAAUCUUCUUCACGAUUCUGGCGGUAGCGGUCUCGUUUGCCUGGCUGGGGGUAGAAGAUCCAUCCCAAUGGCGAGCUGGAGUAGCGCUCUAUAUCCUCGGGUUAAUCACCUACCAGUGUUCCCUGACAUUCUGGACGGCGGCUUUUCCCGGCCUAGCUCGAGACCUUCCUGAGGUCCAACAGUCGCUCCAAAACGUCAAAUCUGGUCAGAAGUCCGUCGAUGAGCAUGCUAAGCUUACUUCUCUCUCUCGCAAUCGAAUCUCCAACAUCUCGUUUGCCGUUUGUUCCCUCGGCGAAAUCGUCAUUCUUGCUAUCAUGGUGGGCAUCCUCAAGGGCGUCCACUCCGAUGCCAGCACGGAAAACAACACGAAGGCGUUUAGCAUCCUUAUCGCCUUCUCCGGAGGCGUUUGGCUCCUCUGCGCAAUCCCGUGGUUCUUUCUCGAAAAACGGAGACCGGGCUUGGGUCUGCCGCCUGGGACAACAUUAUUGACAAUCGGGUUUAAGCAAACCUACAUCGCUUUUCGCGAAUGUCUGCGUUUGAAGCAGACAUUUUUGUAUCUCAUAUUCUACUUCCUGAUGGGCGACGUAUUGAACACUACUGUAACUGUAAUUGCUACACUUCAAAACAGUGUUGUUGCAUACUCGACGCUUCAAUUGACGCUGCUUUUGAUCGUCGGAAUCGUCACGCAAGGCCUGGGCAUUUAUCUUUUCUGGCUCGUGCAGAAGCGCUAUAAAAUCAGCACAAAAAAUAUGUUGCUGUUUAACGUGUUCUGGAUCCUCAUACUGACCGUCUGGGGUCUUAUCGGUGUGCAUACGGACAAAUUCGGAUUCAAACACGUUUGGGAAAUCUGGGCCUAUCAGGCGUUUUAUGGGCUCAUGGUAUGCCCUUGGUAUGCCUAUAGUCAGACCAUGAUCAGCGAGGUGUCUCCACUACCUCAAAUGUUCCUAUUUUUCGCGUUGUUCUCGGUGGUUGGGAAGACAUCCGCGUUCAUUGGGCCAUUCGUCUCUUCCGCAAUCAUAACUGCCUCAAACAAUAACGACAACAUGCCGUUCGCCUUUCUUUUUGCUCUCGGUGUGUUCAGUACCGUAUUCCUAUGGCUCGUGGACAUGGAUAAAAGUCGCAUCGAGUGUGAGGCGUUUAUUCGUGCGGAGGCGGAGGGGAAGGCGUUCGAGACAAGCGAGCAUUUUUCUAGUGCAUAUACUGGGGACAGUGAUGUCAAGAUGGAUCCUUAG